AUGAAGGCCCUCUUUCUUUUUGCUGUUCUCUUCUGUUUGGUCCAAACUAACUCAGGGGACAUUCCACCUGGAAUUAGAAAUACUAUCUGCCUUAUGCAACAUGGGAACUGCAGGCUAUUUUUUUGCCAUUAUGGCGAGAAAAAAGGUGACAUUUGCUCCGAUCCUUGGAAUAGGUGUUGCAUACCAAAUAAAGAGGAAAGAGAAAACAGAAAAGCUACAAAAUGA